AUGCCAUCUGUGACCUCCAAUAUUAUACUAGCAUUCUCAUUUUCAUUCCUAGGGACUCUAGUGUUUCGCUCUCACCUCAUAUCCACCUUACUAUGCCUAGAAGGGAUAAUGCUAUCCCUAUUCAUUAUAACAACAAUUACUUCCCUCAACUCCCACUCAAUAAUCAUAUACCCUAUCCCCAUUGUUAUCUUAGUAUUCGCAGCAUGUGAAGCAGCCAUUGGCCUAGCCCUGCUAGCAAAAGUAUCAAAUUCAUAUGGAACAGACUAUGUGCAAAACCUAAACCUACUUCAAUGCUAA